UGUCUGACAUGUCAGGACAGGCCUGUUUCCGAUAGACCCCGAACGCACCAGAGCAACAGACGCUGCGUCACAUGGUGCAAAUGGACCAAUAAGUGAACCCCGUUCACAAAACCCGGAAAAAAGGAUUUUGUACCGACAGCUUCACCCAGUCAGUCCAUGGCCGAUCAGCAUGAGUCUGUCAGCCUCUGUCCUCCCCAGGCGGACCAUGCAACAGCUGCAGGACACAGCUGGUUCCCUGGACCACCUCCGCCUAUGUAUUCCUGCACCUUGACCCCUGAACUGGUGGCCAAAGCACGGGAAGAGCUACAAGAGAAGCCCGAGUGGCGUCUACGAGAUGUCCAAGCACUGAGAGACAUGAUUCUCAAGGAACAUCCACAUCUCAGAACCCGACUAGAUGAUGCCUUCCUCCUGCGCUUCCUGCGGGCCAGGAAGUUCGACUAUGACCGUGCCCUACAGCUGCUGCUCAAUUACCACGCCGGCCGUAAGGCCUGGCCGGAGGUCUUCCAGGACCUGAAGCCAUCCACGGUCAAACACGUCCUGGACCUGGGUUUUCUCACGAUCCUGCCAAGGCCGGAUCCCAAUGGGAGAUACAUCCUCUUUCUCCAGCCAGGAAAAUGGAGACCAAAUGACUAUCCCUUUGUGGACAAUGUGCGGGCCAUUUAUCUGACUCUGGAGAAGCUGAUCCAGCCAGAGGAAACCCAGGUUAACGGGAUUGUCAUCCUAGCCGACUACACUGGGGUGGGCAUGUCGCAAGCAUCCAAUCCAGGCCCCUCUCUUGCCAAAAAAGUCGUGAGCAUACUCCAGGAUGGCUUUCCCAUCAGAAUCAAGGCUGUUAACAUUAUUAACGAGCCACGGAUUUUCAAAGGCAUCUUCGCUAUAAUCAAGCCUUUCCUGAAGGAGAAGAUGGCAGAGAGGUACGUCCUCCACGGCUCAGACCUGCGUUCACUGCAGAGGAACAUCCCUCCCUCGGUUCUGCCAGAGAACUACGGCGGCACCGCCGGCCAGCUGGACAUGAGCGCCUGGUCAAGGCUGCUGCUGGACUGUGAGGAGGAAUUUAUUGUGGAGUUCUGCCAGCCAGAUCCACUAGAGGGCGUGGUGCUCCCAGACUCCAUGCUGUUUGAAGGAGGGCAGGCUGGAGGAAAGGAUGAGGACGCCUUCAGAGGGCUACGCUCUCAGCUUUACUACUGUUACUGAUGUGCACACAGCCAGUCACUGAGAGGACUUCUUCUGUUUCAUCUGAAACACGGGUGUAAACUUUUAAAGAGCAAGUUGCCAAUACUCAAAUUUCUUUUACUAACUAAAGAGCACUACACUGUAUAAAAUUCACUCUACUUUAAAAGAAGCCCGGCAUUCAGUCAUUGCUGCAAGGCAGCUCCAUGCUCUCUGCUGAAGAGGCUUCUGAGUUCAUGCUCGAUCAGUGUUUCUUUGUUAUUGUCUUCACUAAUGUUUAUGGCUUUAUGUUGUUUAAUAGUUGUGUGCCUGGAUGGUAAUUGAAGCACAUUUUAUUUGUGUAUUUAAUAUUCCUACAAGAAGUUGCCCUAUCCAUUCAAAAAUCAGAACACCGCUUUUGCUUGAUUUGGCCGAUUAGAUAAAGGAAAGGUGUGCAUUUAUUUUAAUUUAAUAGAUAAAAAUAUAAAUAUAUCCAAGUUACAAGCAUCCCUCUUCAGACAAACAGCAGGGAAUCCAAUAAAAACACAAACUCGAAGUUGCUUUAUUGGUGUUCAUGCAUCAUCUAGAUACAAUCAAAACAUUCUUUUUGUUCUCCUAAAAUUACAGUUUCCAUAUUUCAAUACAUUCAGAUGAUAAUGAAUUCUACAAAUUAUUGAAAUGUUUUGGAAAUGCGAUGAUUAGGCUUUUUCUGGGAGAUUCUCAUUCCUGAUUUUCUUUGAGGUUUGACCUGCCAAUUAUGUGUUUUUUGUCUUUCUAACGACUAUAAACACUUAAAAAUGACAAAAAUGCACGAUAAUCACCAUUUAUACAUAAAAACCUGUUUCCCUAACUUUAAUCUUAAUUUUAAGAAUUUAAAAAAAGUCAAUCUAAGUACAUGUCCUUAACUGAUGUGUUUAUAGACCAGCAUUAUUUAGAGGUCUAAGUUAAUUGCAUUCAGUGAAUAUGAAAACGGUGCAUCUUUAAACAUUUUGUUUUGUGUCUUCUUUCUGUCAGUGUUACGUUUCCAUUAAUGUUUAGUUCAUGUUGUAGCUGAAGACAUAUGAAGACACUUCGUAUGUGCAGCAAUGGAAAACAUUGCCUUAAAUUGUUCUUUUAAGUUACACUUAUGUGCAUCAAAGCAAUAUUUGUGAGUGUUUGAAAUUAAACAGCUAGCUGCUAGUUCAGUUGAACGUAUAGGUUUCAGAGCCUUUUUUAGUAAAGGUUUUAGUUUUGGGCUUAUUUUUUUGAAGUUUAGGUAAUCUGCCUUAUGUAUAUUAUCGAUUAUUUGCAUGUUUUCUCAUGCAGUCUUAAUGCAUUACAUCACAUGACUUUAUAGACAUCUGACUUGCCAAAAUGUAUAUAAAUGUGCAAUAACACUGAAUUGAUGGUGUUGCCUCUGCCCAACGCUGAGUAUUUGUGUCCCGUCUUUUUAUUUUUCAUAUUUCAAGCAUGUCUGUUACUGUGCUGUAUUGUAUUGCAGGGUGUUUAUUGUUAAUGGUUAAGACAGUAAAGCUAUUAUACAGAAA